AUAUGUUGUUUCACUUCCAGAAACUCGGAGGGAAUCGACACGAGCUUAAUGGUGCCUGUUUCUUGCACACUGCUGACCUGCACCUCAUCCUCAACGCCUCCACAUUAUAUAAUGCAGCGCGGGAGAGGUGCGUGACAAAUACUCGUACCUAGCAACAACAGCUAUACGCAACCAAGUGGAGAGCUCCGAUCUACCAGCACGACUUCAUAGCGUCAUAUAUACGGAGUACUGCCUUUGCUCGAUCCCCUUCGCUCCGCCGCCCCCACACUCUUCUUCUUCAGUUCAGUUCAGUUCAGUUCAACUCGAUCCAAAGAGAGUGUUGUUGGUGAUCGAUCGAGUGGCGAGUUGUAAGGAUGAGCAGGAACAGCAGCGGCAAGGUGUCCAAGCUGGAGAGCCUGAGGCUGAGCCUGUCGAGGGCGCGGGGCGGCGGCGGCGGGCAGUCUUCGUCGUCGUCGACCACGGCGCGCCCAGGAGCCAACAACACGUCGCCGCGGCGGCUGUCCUCAUCGUCGUCGUCAUCCACGGCGUCGCCGCCGAGCUCGUGCGUGUCGUCGGAGGGCAGCCCGGACGCGGGGGCGCCCAGCAUGGUCCUGUCGGGGUGCCCCCGGUGCAUGAUGUACGUGAUGCUGUCCCGGGAGGACCCGCGGUGCCCGCGGUGCCACAGCGCCGUGCUGCUCGAAUUCAGCGGCGCCGGCGAGCAGCCGCGCCAGCCGCGGAAGCAGAGGCGGUGAAAGAUCGCCAUAUAUAUCGCGAGCUCGGUUCUAUCACUCAAGCUGUCGUCGUGCCUCGUCGUUGUCGUAGUAGCUCUCUGUCAUUUGUUCUCAAGUUGGUUUAUUUGUUUGCUCGCCGAAAGGAAUUAUUUCAUAGACCACUUCUUCCUCCAUGCGGUUUGCACCGUCGAUCGAUGGAAUUGGAUCUAGGUAAUAAUUUCAUGCGUGUUUGUUUUGUGUUUUCUCCGAUGCAAGUUUCAAGGGUUCCGCUGAGAAUUAUGUGCAGCGGUGGAACAAUUGACAUUUGAAUACUUGACGUUGAACAUUGAA